AUAAAUGGAAGCCUAUUCACACAGUAUCGCUGUUUUCUCUGGGCAGCACAAUCACACGAACAGCUCCUCGUAAAGUUAGGGUUUUCAGGUUCUCAUCCCAACUUGAUUGCUAGCAAUGGGAGGAGGCAACGGCCAAAAAGCAAAGAUGGCUCGGGAGAAGAACAUGGAGAAGAGUAAAGCUUCUGCUAAGGGAAGCCAGCUUGAAUCAAACAAGAAAGCGAUGACGAUCCAGUGCAAGGUUUGUAUGCAAACAUUUAUGUGCACCACAUCAGAGGUUAAGUGCAGGGAACAUGCAGAGGCAAAGCAUCCCAAAUCUGAUGUUACUACUUGCUUCCCUCAUCUCAAGAAAUGAUCUAUGUUAAGAAGACCUGUACCAGGAAAUACUGUGGACUUCAGUUUCUCUCAUGUAAAGCUUUCUGGAACUGUAUUUAUCAAAUAUUCUUCUACAUUAAUGACUGCGUGAUACAGAAUUUGAAAUGUAUGUGUGUGAUGAUCUGUUUUUUCAACUAAAAAUUGGUCAUUAAUGAUUAUGAAUCAUUGCUGGUCAUAUUGGAAGGAGGGUUUUGUGAUUA